AUGGCGAGCGGCCUGACCUCCAUCGCAUCACGCCAUCCAAGCAUCCGAGUGCUUCAAAUAGUGCUUAAGCUUACUUUGCGUGUAUUGGCCCCAGACGUUUUUCUCCGACAAUUGACAGCUUUGACAGCGCUCAUCAUCGUGCGCCACGCGCUUUGGCGACUUCGCCGCUGGAUCCGAUCCCUCACCAGACAAAUCCCCUUCCUGGGUGGACCAAAGGGACGGCUGCGGGAAGAAUUGAGAUUGGCACGCAGGAAGUGCAAAGACUAUGCUUCUUUCCAACAUAUUGGAGAGAAGUUGGACAGACUAGAAGGGAAGGACAGAUGGAAACGUGAUGACAACUCUUCCCUGUUUGACUCUGACCGCUUGAGAGAACGGACCAAGAGAUACCGAGAAAUGAUGGAAUCCAAUGAUGUUUAUGCUUGUAUGUAUGCCUUGCGAGGAGAGCUGCUGAGGAAGCAUUUCGGCAUUUGUAAUCCGGCCCUGUUCCAGGUGACCAACACCGGGACAAAAGUGAUGAUCGAAAAGUAUGUCGAAACUAUUUGCGAGGCCAUGGCAUGGGUAGGCUUCUCUUACAAUGCGCCAUCCGUGCGCACAGACGAAGAGGCGAAGAAGGAAGCCAUCAGAGAACGCCUGGCGUUCUUCAAUGAGACCAAGCACGGCUUUGGUCGCAGUGCUUUGCUGCUGUCUGGGGGUGCAUCUGUCGGCAUGUACCACUUUGGUGUCGUCAAGGCCUUGCAUUUGAAUGGCUUGUUGCCGCGGGUGAUGAGUGGUACAUCAGCGGGCUCCAUCGUGUGCGGGAUGCUAGGGGUGAGGACCGAUGAGGAGUUGACGGAGAUGUGGCAGGAAGACUUCUCGUGGUCAGACAACUUUUCCCUCGAAUUCUUCGGUGGAAAGGACCUGCAGCGCUUCUCCCGCACGGGUGAAGAGCUGUAUUCCUCAGAGCAUUUGGGGAAAGUCCUGAGGGACAACAUCGGAGACUAUACCUUCCUCGAGGCCUUUGACAGGACUGGUCGCAUCAUCAACAUCACAGUGAGUGGGCUGCCCGGGAACACCAGGUACCCAAUGCUCCUCAACUAUUUGACCAGUCCACAUGUUCUGGUUUGGUCUGCAGCGCAAUGCUCUGCAGCCGUUCCCGGCAUUUUUACGUCCAGGGAGCUGCUGGUGAAAGAUCGACACGGAAACAUCGGUCCCUACGUUUCAGGUGGCUUGAAGUGGCAAGAUGGUUCGAUGCAGUCUGAUUUGCCAAUGGCUCGGCUGUCGGAGCUCUUCAAUGUGAACUACUUCAUCGUUUCGCAAGUCAACCCUCAGGCCAUGCUCCUCACAGGGGGCGGUGUCGGAUCACAAAGGGGGCCCAUCUACCGCAUGUCGCAGUUUCUGCGCCGAGAGAUCAAGCAGUACCUGCUGAGCAUGAUGGAAUUCUGGAAGGGCGCCAGCGCUCGUCAUCCUUGGCUGAGACCAGUGGGAAACACGCUCAUUGGCUUGAUGGUACAGGAGUAUGAGGGGGACGUCACCAUCUACAAUGGUCGCGGACUACUGGAGAUGCCCAGUCUGCUGGAAAAUCCCACAGAGGACACCCUCAGGAGGUAUACUAUUGCAUCAGAGUGGGAAACGUGGUGGCAUAUUCCAGAGAUCCAGAAUGCUUGUGCAAUUGAAUUUGUGAUGGAUGAAAUCUGCAAGGAGCUGUUGGCUGACUUGCGUGCAUCUGAAGAUGAGAAGAGUGGCUUGCAACGAACACCUUCAUUGAUUUCUCGCAUGAUGCCGCCGGCUACGGGCCUCAACAGGCUGCCAUCUUUCCAUCAAGAAGCUUUGCGCAAAGAGCAGAUGAGUUCCAGUCAAAAGGGAAGCGUAAAGGGGCCAAAGAAAUUAAACCUUCCCGCAUCUCAGGGCCUGCACCGUCGUGGAUCUGGCAGUACCCUGUCUUCCAACAGGAGCAUUGCAGAUAUGCUUCUGACCUCGGUUUCCUGAAAGUUUUGCAGCACGAUUGUUAUAGUUUUUCAAGGUGCUGCCGCGGCGGGUCGGUUUCAAGUGACUCCAGGGCAAUUGGUCCUGCGGCCGGUGAGGGAAA